AUGAAUGCAUCACAUGCACUUGAAUGUAAGGACACAAGAGAGGAGAAGGACUCCGAAGCCAAAGUUCAGCAAAUCUGGCUCGACAUCGCUGUUACCUGCAGCUGCACCGUCGAGAAGGAUGAAGGAUGGAGAGGAUCGCAAUGCCUCCAAGCUGACUGGAGUGGCCUCUAUGCCUCAGUUGCCUGCGCUGGUCGAAACAAAGGACAAGAAGGCGGAAAAGACCAGUGUCGCCGACUGGAGGGAAAUGUGGAAACAGCGUGCCCUGCAAGAGUUGCUUGGGUCGUGAUCCUGACACCUUCCCCCCUAUGGUUCAAGGAGAUGCUGAACACUUCAUUUUGCCUAAGAUGCUUGAGCAGGCUUAGCCUCCGGAUUUCACCAAUUCGAUGCUUUACACCAGCCUCCCAUUGUUGGUAG